AUGGGUAGUGGACGGGGGACGAUGGAUUCCCAAAAUCAAGUGCAAAGUGAUAAUUUAGAUCGUUUAAAAUUGCUUUAUCCUAAUGUGAACGAAGAUGAAACACCCCUGCCAAGAUCCUGGAGCACGAAGGAUAAAUUCAGCUACAUCGGGUUAUCGCAAAAUAAUCUGCGAGUGCACUACAAAGGUCAUGGCAAAACACACAAGGACGCUGCAAGCGUUCGUGCCACGCAUCCUAUCCCGGCGGCGUGCGGUCUCUACUACUUUGAAGUGCGGAUAGUGUCAAAGGGGCGGGAUGGGUACAUGGGCAUUGGGUUAUCCGCUCAUGGUGUUAAUAUGAACAGGUUGCCAGGAUGGGACAAACAUUCGUACGGAUACCACGGCGACGACGGCCACUCGUUCUGCUCGUCCGGCACCGGCCAGCCUUACGGCCCAACCUUCACCACCGGCGACGUCAUCGGCUGCGGCGUCAACCUUGUCGACAACACAUGCUUCUACACUAAAAAUGGACACCAUCUAGGAAUAGCUUUCAGAGGACUACCGCCGAAUUUAUACCCCACAGUGGGUCUCCAAACACCAGGUGAAGUGGUAGAUGCGAAUUUUGGACAGCAACCUUUUGUGUUUGACAUAGAGGAUAUGCUGCGCGAGCUCCGCGCCAGGACACGCCUGGCUAUAGACGAGUUCCCCUUGCCCGAUGAACAGGGUCAGUGGCAACAGGUUUUACACAGGAUGGUAUCCACCUACCUGGUGCACCACGGCUACUGCAGCACCGCGCAGGCCUUCUCCCGCGCCACCGGGCAGCCCAUCGAUGAAGACAUAGCCUCUAUUAAAAAUAGACAAAGGAUAUCGAAGCUGAUCCUGUCGGGCCGCGUGGGCGAGGCGGUGGAGGCGGCGCGGCGCCUGUACCCGGGCCUGCUGGAGCGCGACGCCGAGCUGCUGCUGCUGCUCAAGUGCCGCCAGUUCGUGGAGAUGGUCAACGGCUCCGACUCGGAGUCGCAGUGCGCGGAGGGAGCGGAGGGGGAGGUGGAGGCGGAGGAGGGCGCGGCGGGCGGCAACGGCGUGGCCACGUCCGUCAUCCUGCACACGGGCCGCGCGCCGCCGCUGCCCGCCAACGGCGACCGGCACGCCCACACCAACGGUGUGACCGAGGUGGUGGAGGAGGAGCUGCGGCACUGCGACGUGGACAUGCCGCCCGCCGCCAACGGCUCCCACGAAGGUGACGAGCUGCCGCUGGUGAAGGGCAUGCCCGGCGUCACGGCGUGCGUCGCCGCGCUCUUGCCUUGCCGACCCGACGGGGACGGGUGCGGCGCGCGCGCGUCGGUGGAGCGCAUGCUGGCGUUCGGGCGCGAGCUGUACGCCAUGAGCCAGGACCUGAAGCCCGACCACUAUCUCAAGUCUAUGUUGGAGGACGCGUUCAGCCUGCUGGCGUACAGCAACCCGUGGGACAGCCCCAACGGCUGGCAGCUGGAGGCGGUGUGGCGCGAGCCCGUCUGCGAGGCCUUCAACGCGGCCAUACUCGAAUGGCAAGGCAUGCAGUCAGUGUCCCCGGUGGAGGCGUGCGUGGCGCACUCGGGUGAGCUGCUGCGGCGCAUGGCGCGCGCCUCGCUCGGCGCCUGCGCCUUCGCCGACCUGCCCGCGCUGCUGCGCCGC